UAGCUGUGGGGAUGUGGAGCAGCGUGGAGGAGCUUAGGGGAGACAGAGGCGCACAGGGUGCUGGCAGCCACCCAUUGGGGACUUCCCUCCACACCAUCCCUCAGCCUUGUGUGACUAUGCCCUACCCCCUCCCCUCUCCGCACCCGCCUCCCCCAUGGCCAAGGUCUAUGUCAGCUGUUUCGUUUCAGUUAGCGCAGGAAUGUUCUGGCUCUGCACUUGCCUGGACCAGGACCCCCUCGUGCUGGCUGGAGCUGCCUGGGCUGGGUGUAGGCUCUGGAAGAGCAACUGCAACGCCCCCCCCCACACGCCCCUCUCUGGCUGUCUCACCCGCCUGUCCUGCCCGCUGGGUGACCUUGGGCGGGUUGCAUAACUUCUCUGAGCCUCUAAAAACUAAAGGGCCCCACAAGGCUGAGGCCAGCACGGGUGUGUUGGGCUCGGGCCUCAUUAGCUCAUCUGCUGGAGCUGGGAUUAUCUCAUGUGCUCGCUGCCGACGCCCUCUUGGGGUCCUGAGCCGCCCACAUCGCAGCUAGAGCCAGAAUUUGCUCCAAGCACAGUAAAAAUAAUCGCACCGGGACAGGAGCCCGCGCACAUGGCUGGUGGGCGUCUGGGCGGUGGGGUGUCCCUCCACUAGCUGCUCGGAGCAGUCACACACGGCCCAGCGGAGCCGGCGGAGGCUCAGACUCAGGCUCAGUGACUCACGCAGUCACACAACCAGUGGGGCCCGCUGCCGCCCUGCGCUGCACCCUCCAUGCCUCUCAGCCAAGACUCAGCUUCUCCACCCAGCAUGGUCCUGGCAGCAGAGACCAUAUCCCAGCAGGAGCGGCUCCAGGCCAUUGCAGAGAAGAGGAAGAGGCAGGCGGAGAUUGAGAACAAGCGUCGGCAGCUGGAGGACGACCGCAGGCAGCUGCAGCACCUGAAGUCUAAGGCGUUGCGGGAACGAUGGCUGCUGGAGGGGACCCCGUCCUCGGCCUCGGAAGGGGAUGAGGACAUGCGGAGACAGAUGCAGGAGGACGAGCAGAAGGCCAGGCUCCUGGAGGAGUCCAUCUCCAGGCUGGAGAAGGAGAUCGAGGUGCUGGAGAACAGAGAUUCGCUCCCUGCGGCCGCCAAGGAGAACACGGCCGCCCCCAGCCCGGCCAAGGAGGGAGGGAAGACGGAGGUGGUGGUGAAUUCCCAGCAGACCCCAGUGGGCACGCCCAAAGAGAAGCGAGUCUCCAACACCCCCAUGAAGACGACCGAAGGCUCCACAAUGAUGAAGGCAGCCAUGUAUUCGGUGGAGAUCACGGUGGAGAAGGACAAGGUGACUGGGGAGACCCGGGUGCUGUCCAGCACCACCUUGCUCCCCCAGGAACUGCUUCCUCAGGGCGUCAAGGUCUACGAGGACGAGACCAAAGUGGUCCACGCUGUGGAUGGCACUGCAGAAAACGGCAUCCACCAGCUGAGCUCCUCCGAGGUGGACGAACUCAUCCACAAGGCAGACGAGGUCACGCUGAGUGAGGCGGGGUCUGCAGCUGGGGUGGCAGAGACACGGGGGGCUGUGGAGGAGAUGGGCAGGACCACGCCUUCCCGGCGGGAGAUCACGGGGGUACAGGCUCAGCCAGGGGAGGCCACCUCGGGCCCACCGGGCAUCCAGCCUGGCCAGGAACCCCCCGUCACCAUGAUCUUCAUGGGCUACCAGAACGUGGAGGACGAGGCUGAGACCAAGAAGGUGCUGGGCCUGCAGGACACCAUCACGGCAGAGCUGGUGGUCAUUGAGGACGCUGCCACGCCCAAGGAACCAGCACCCCCCAACGGCAGCGCUGCCGAGCCCCCCGCCACCGCCGGCUCCAAGGAAGAGAACCAGGUGGGGCUCGAAGCCCCCCCCAGCGACCCCCAGGACCUGGACGUGAAGAAGCAGCGCUGUAAAUGCUGCUCCGUGAUGUGAGCCGGCCUGGCCCCGCCCCCAGCCCCCGCCCGCCGUCCACGAGCUCCCACCGGCCCGGCCUUCCUGGCACCCGCCCACCCUCACCCACAGUCACGGGCCCAGGACAUGCCGUGUUGUCACUUGUUUCUUCUGAGUUUUCUUUAAUUGGGAAGAGGGGGGCAGGGACCCUCCACUCUGCCACCACCUCCGACAUACCCAAACCACGCCGUGUCCGUGCGCCUGGCAGGAGAGAGGCACGGACAGACCCACUUUUCCCAAAAUGAGGACCCCCUAUGACAGCUCCGCAGAUGCAGUUCACGUCCACAGCGGUCUCGGCCGGUGCCAGGCCGGCACCUGCUCCAGGCCAGCUGCCCCCCGGGCCUCCUGCCUGUGCCUUCCUGCCACCUCCAAUGAGGUCCCCAAGGAGACAUCCUGCCAGAGGGACCUGAGGAGCCAGGGAGCCUGUGGGCCUGCCCUGUCCCCCUAGAGUUGGGCUCCUCAGGAUUCCCUGGCCAAGGCACUGAUCUCCGAAUCUUGGGCAUUUGGGGUGAUACCCUGCCUCCUUGGGGAGCCCCGGAGGGCGAUCAAGCUGGAGGUGUUGGGUCGGAGCACAGGCCCAUCUGACACCCCAGCCUGAUUGCCCUCCCCAUGUCCUCUUUGGGGGCGGCCAGUGGAUGGUGGAGCCCGGGGGAGGGGAGCCCUGGAACACCCCACACACUCUGGGGAGCGCAUGACCCUGGGACUGGUUUCUGGAUGGGGUGGGGCGGGGGUCUCUGAGCCCCCUGCAUGAGCCAGGCCACAGGAGCAGCUUUUUGUCCUGAGCUCCAACCCCCACUGGGCCUACCUUCCUCCUGGUGCUAAUUUGUGGACCCUGGGGGGCUGCCAUGGCCCCCUUCUCCAGCCUGCUUGGACCAGGGUCCUGGGUCCCCCCACCGACACCCAGACAUUGCUCGCCCCGCUGCUCUGUUGGGCUUGGAGCACCCCGGGCGGCCUGGGGGGGCGGGCGGCCACAGCCUCGGGGCAGGGAGGUUUCCCUGGGUGGGAGCAGGAAACCCCCAUCUGCAGUGCAGCCCGGCAUGAGCCUGCCCCCGCUGCAGGGAGGGUGCGGGGCUCCUCUCCUGGGGGCAGUGCACUCAGAGGGGUGCGCGGGGCUCCUGGUACAGCCGCCUCUCCCCCGAGGUGCAUCAGUGUCUGUUCUCACUGACACCUCCCGUGCGUGGGCUGCGGAUGGCCAGGCUCAGCUUUGGCCCUCCCCUAGGGACCUCUGCCUCGGACCCCGUGUCCAGGCCACCCCCAGACUCAGCGGGGUGGUGCAGCGUCCCUCAGACUGGAGCCCAGGCCCCCAUCUCUGCUGUGCCCUCCGGUGGCUGGGAGGAGGGGCCCUCUCUGAGGGGGACCCUGGGCGGUGGCUGGGACCUCUCCCUCCUCCUCAAGCCCGCCCGAGUCCUCCAGCUGUGAGCCCGCCGCAGUGCUCUUGCUGCCCCUUGCUUUCGAUGUGUGACCAGGCCCCAAUGUCCUCCACUUAUCCAGAGAAGCAAAUAAACAGUGUGAAC